UGCCGAGAGCACCGGCGCUUCUCGCAUUCCGUGGAGCUCCUGGCGUCUGAGGUAUCCGAUCGCCGCCUCCGCGAGAGCUGCCUGGCGCAUUGGCUCGCAUCGCUUCUCCGUGUGAUGAUCCUGGUUUUCAAUCUGAUGCUCAGCUCCUCUAUUUCGUUGAAAGGGUCCUAGUAAAGUCCAGCACGCGUCCUCUCAAGAACCCUAAGAGUUGUGGUCCAGGGUUUCCGAGCUGGAGAUGCCGAUCCGCGAGGAUCUAGUGAGAGUUCUCCAGAUCAAACACCCCACCAAUAGCUCCAGCACCUCCAGCGGGUGCGACGACGCCAAUUCCAGAUGGAGCCAGCGAUUGUGCUCGCGAUUCAAGCUGGAAUCGGUGCUUCCUUGUGUUUCUUGGAUGUCGUCCUAUCGAGUGCACGAGUAUCUCAAGGACGAUAUUCUUGCUGGGAUCACGAUUGGAACCAUGCUCAUACCUCAGGCUAUGUCGUAUGCGAAGCUUGCCGGGCUACCUCCAAUCUAUGGACUUUACGCUGGCUUUGUCCCAAACUUGGCAUAUGGUGUCUUUGGUUCCUCUCGUCAGGUAGCAAAUGGUCCAGUAGCUCUUGUGUCACUUCUUGUGUAUAAUGUUCUCUCGGGAAUGGUCCCUCCGGAAGCUGAAAACUACACACAGCAAUAUGUGGCGCUUGCUGUUCUUUUGGCGUUAAUGGUAGGCCUUCUGGAAUGCACCAUGGGAAUUUUGAGGUUGGGUUGGCUUGUUCGUUUCAUCAGUCACUCUGUUACCUCGGGGUUUACUUCGGCAUCCGCGAUCAUAAUCGGACUCUCACAGGCCAAGUAUUUCCUCGGGUACAGUAUUUCAAGGAGUACAAAGAUUGUGCCUCUCCUUUGGAGUAUUAUGCAAGGGUACAAGGAGUUCCAGCCGAUUCCGUUUCUGAUGGGAUGUCUUAUGCUGUCAAUUCUUCUUUCUAUGAAACAUGUGGGGAAAACAAUGAAGCGGUUCAGAUCUGUACGAGCAGCGGGGCCUUUGACGGCUGUUAUAAUCGGAACUGUUUUUGUUAAACUGUUCCGUCCGCCAUCUAUCAGUGUGAUAGGGGAGAUUCCCCAGGGGCUACCACAAUUUUCUUUAGACUACGAUUUCAAGGAUGCCAAAGGAUUGUUGUCAACCGCAUUUGUAAUAACUGGUGUAGCGAUCUUGGAAUCAGUUGCUAUUGCUAAGACGCUUGCAGCAAAAAAUGGAUACGAGAUUGAUUCCAACCAGGAAUUGUUUGGACUUGGUGUGGCAAACAUACUGGGUUCAUUGUUUCAAUCGUAUCCUACUACUGGAUCCUUCUCUAGAUCUGCCGUCAAUCAUGACGCGGGCGCACACACCGGGUUAUCGGGAAUCGUCACGGGAUUCAUGAUUGGUUGCGUGCUUCUGUUCUUAACUCCGCUUUUCUCAGAUAUUCCACAGUGUGCUCUUGCGGCUAUCGUUGUCUCCGCCGUGGCAGGAUUGGUUGAUUACGAUGAAGCAAUAUUUUUAUGGAGAGUCAAGAAAAAGGAUUUUUGUCUUUGGGUUGCGGCAUUCGCCAACACACUAUUUUUUGGUGUUGAAAUUGGGGUGCUCAUUGCGAUUACGCUUUCAUUGGUCUUUGUUAUCUACGAGUCAGCAAAUCCCCAUAUUGCCAUUCUGGGACGCCUCCCAGGAACGACAGUAUACAGAAACGUGAGACAGUAUGCAGACGCGUACACAUACCAUGGAAUCGUCAUUGUACGUAUUGAUGCCCCGAUGUACUUCGCAAACAUCAGUUUCAUCAAAGACAGGUUGAGGAAAUAUGAGCUGUGCUCUAAAGCCACAGCCAGCAGGGGCCUCAGGACCGAAGACAUCCGCUUCGUCAUCAUCGAAAUGUCUCCUGUAACUUACGUCGACUCGACUGCUAUUCAUGCCAUCAAGGAGCUCUACCUCGAGUACAAGUCGCGCAACAUUCAGAUGGCACUGUCCAAUCCAAACGAGCAAGUCAUGAAAACGUUGGAUCGAGCAGGCAUUCCCGAGCUGAUUGGGCUCGAGUGGUACUUCGUGCGCGUUCAUGAUGCCGUCCAAGUUUGCCUCUCGCGCUUGCAAAAGGAAAACUAUCCACGCCCAGAUGGUGAUGAAAGCGCUCCAUUGAUAAUGGUACAGAGAAGAGGCGAUUAAAGUGUGGUGUGUAAAGCAUACCUUUUAGACUGCUGGCAUAUUCGAUACGGACGGCCACGAUCGCUUACAGAACCA